GGCCAAAACAAAAACGAGUCCACUUUGAUCGGUUAAUUUUUUUUUCAGAUUUUAUUAUGAAAAAUCCGUUCCGGAUGAAUGUCGCGGUAUUUUGCGCAUUUCUUGAAGCGGGGCUGUUUCCUGCUCCCUAACGGUCCGGUUUAAGAGAAACCAGUACAGAACCGGGACUCCCGGUGAGCGCGACGAGCAGGCCGGUGGUUCCAUUACUUCACCGGACGCGGCGGAACAUGGCCAAGACGUACGACUACCUGUUCAAGCUGCUGCUGAUCGGCGACAGCGGCGUCGGGAAAACCUGCCUCCUGUUCCGGUUCAGCGAGGACGCCUUCAACACCACCUUCAUCUCCACCAUCGGAAUCGACUUUAAGAUCAGAACAAUAGAACUGGAUGGGAAGAAAAUCAAACUGCAGAUCUGGGACACGGCGGGUCAGGAGAGGUUCAGAACCAUCACAACAGCCUAUUACAGAGGAGCUAUGGGCAUCAUGCUGGUUUAUGACAUCACCAAUGAGAAGUCUUUCGACAACAUCAAGAACUGGAUACGUAACAUUGAGGAGCAUGCAUCCUCUGAUGUGGAGAAGAUGGUUCUGGGAAACAAAUGUGACGUUAACGAUAAGAGACAAGUGUCGAAGGAGCGAGGAGAGAAGCUGGCUAUAGAUUAUGGGAUCAAGUUCCUGGAGACCAGUGCCAAGUCCAGCAUCAAUGUGGAGGAGUCUUUUUACACUCUAGCGAGAGACGUUAUGACCAGACUCAGUAGAAAGAUGAAUGACAGUGCUCCCCCUGGAGGAGGAGGUCCGGUCAAAAUCACAGAGUCUCGCUCGAAAAAAAGCUUCUUCAGGUGUGCGCUCCUGUAGUUGGAGGGGAAUUUGAAGCAUAAGUGAUGAAGGUGAAGACAGAGGAUUCUUUAUUUUUACAUGAAGUUUGUCACUGCACUGAGGUUUGUUUCUGCCUUUAAUCCCAUCAGAUUUUAAUGUAGCAGAAAUAAUUGUAUUUGCGUGUUUACUGUUCCAUUGACCAAUACGUCACAAUACAUCAAAACAUUUACCAGUUUAUUAUAUUGUUUCAGACUGUUAAAAAAGAGAAAACCAGAGAACCACUAUUUUUCUUUUAAAUUCUUCACACAAAACAUUCCAGAAAGAAUUAUUCAGAUGUGAAGCCUUGUUAUUUUUCAUUGGGUUCAUAGUGACGUCACUUUUAAAUAUUUUCUAUAAAUAUGAAUCAGUUUGAAAAUCAGAGUUAAAACAUUGAACAAUGUGGACUAUUGAUCCGACCGAAGCCGCAGAGUCAUUAACAAGAUGUGUUUUUUUUGUUUGCUAAUUAAUUUUUGUGACUUUGUACAUAAUGGAUUUUUGUGCUUAAUGCAAUAUAAACAUUUUAUAUUUUUCUAUUUUAUCUUAUUUUUCAAAACUAUGUACUUUAACUUACUUGCUUUUUAAGUGUUGCUUUGACUUUUACAGCAAUUUUAUGUUUCUAUCAUUGUGAAGAAUUAUUCAUAACGAUAGUGAAGUCUUACACAGGUAAAUUCAUAUGCAUCUGAUGUAAUAUAGGUUUAUAUACGCUACAGCAGCAGGACAUCUAUGAAUAAUAAUUAUAAAUCAUUGUCAAUGUGUCACAGGUUUAUUAAUGUUGCAACAAUUAUUACUGGUAUUUUAUGCCAGUUAAUUCAUCCUGAACCUUUAGCCUGUGGCUGUACAGGUAAAAAUUACUUAAAAAUAACAAAUAAUGUUGGUUCACUAUAAGAUGGAUGGAUGGAAUCCAUGUGUAAUGACUCAGUUGAGCAUAUAAUAAUAUGAUGGUGUAGAUAUUAACUGAGACUGAAAUAAAAACAUCAUCAUAAUUUCUUUUUCAGUUGAAGCAGGUCAAAAUCUAAUUAAACUUGAUCUUCAUUUAAAAUAAUUAGUUAUGCACCAGAAACAAAUCAACAAUAAUCCAAGAAAUAAUCCAUAUGCAUAAAAAUUGUGUCUAAUCUUUGCUUGAAAUAUGUUACAAAAAUUGUGUUUUUCAUAGAUUCUUGUCUAUUCUUGUAUAUGUUAAUAGAAAUUGUGUGAAUUGUUGGUCACAGCCACUGAAACAGAUUAAAGUAAAUUGUCAAAUUAAAUUCAUUUAAAUUUAAUGUAAAACCGUGAAUCAAUCGUAUCAAGAUCUUUAAUCAAGCAGUUGCAUAUGAAUUUCCCUGAAGUUUUGUUUACAGUAGUAGCUUUAUUUUUUAAAUUCAGAAUCAGCUACAAACAUCAACACUGUUGAUAUUUAGGGUUUUCUCAAGGCAGUAAAUCAUGCUUUGAGAUUCUGAUGAGUUGCAUUAGUGAGAACAUGAAGGUGCCUCUUACAAAUCAGUUAGUCUUGUGUUUAAUCACUGACCAAACUCAGACACUGAUGAAAAGCUUUAAGAGAUUUUCAGACAACAAAGAGUUAAAAUAUAAACUCAACAACAAUCUGGUAAUAAUGUUUGUUUGUUUGUUUGUGUUUGUUUGUUUGUUGAAAAACCUUGUUGUCUGAGGGCUAUUGCACAAAAGAUCAGGGAUUAAGCCAGGAUUUUUAACAUCCUGGUUGAAUUUAUCCUCGACUUGGUUGCACAAAAGGAGAAUUCAAUAAUUUUAGUUAACGUGAAGAUGUAUUUUGUAAUUAAACAUUUUUUCUGGAUUAAUUUAGUCCAACCAGACUCCAACCCAGAAAAAAGCAGAUUGAAGGAAACUGAACUAAGUUUCUACAGAUUCGUUCUGUAAACUGAUCCUGGUCCAGAGCUGGUUAUCCUCCAGGAUAAACUAGUUCUAGUGACUGAUUAAUAUGUUGCCCUAUUUUACUCAGUCUUCAUGGAAAUGAUUUAAGAUGUUUUGCUGGGGGCUCUAUUUGACCUUCUCCCACUUUUUUUCGGCAGAUAUAUUUUUCAGACAUAAAGAUAAAUUGCUACAAACCGAUCAAAUUAUCACAUUAUAGAUUUUGUUAUAUAAAUAUUUGCAGCGUUAAAAACCAAUACAUUAAAGUAAAUUAAUUGGACUAAUUGUAAACUUGUAAACUUGUCUGCCAGGCAUUCUCUCUUUUUACAUAUUAUGUUAACCUCUUGGUUCAUACAUGUCUACACCAGAUUUGACCUAGAUCACCUUCACUUGGCAAACGUGCAAUAAUAAGAACCAGGAUGAGUUCAUUAGAAUGGGUCAAGUCCGGAUGUUCCACGGAUCCUAGAAAUCUGAGUUCUACUUUUGUGCAACAUCUCCCUGCUUUGUGAGUUGUUAUAUAUAUUGCAUUGAUCUUUCAGCACUUUCCAACUCUAUGCAAAAAUAGUAUUAUUUUUAUCAUUACCUGAGUCUGACACACACACACACACACACACACACACACACACACACACACACACACACACACACACACACACACACAGGGCAUCUGAGCUACACAAACAUGACUGUGAGGAACUUUUUUUUACAUCAUCUGAUACAAGGCCAUAAUCACGUUUUGAGGCAGAAACAAGAUGAAAGCUCUGAUGAUGACGGUGAUGAUGAUGGUGAUGAUGAUGAUGAAACUUGUCAGUUGUUUUUGAUGAGAAAAGUUUUUUCAGACAUUAUGAAGAAUUAAAAUUCAGAAUGUGAAGUGGCAGGGAUCAUCAUACAGUACUUGCUUGAUUUGUGGAGCUUUGACCUGUGAGUGUCCAAGCGUUGACUGAUGUACAAUAAAAUAUAAUAAAAUACUUUUUCUACCAA